GCCUAUAUAAGGCUCUCAGAGCUCCUCUGGAGUCACAAAGGGAAGGAUCUCAGGAACAUCGCCAAAAAGCAGCAGCAGCUCCUCUAAUAAGGAAAUAACGCAGCUCUCCAGAGCGCACGGGAUCAAAUCCAAGCAGCUUGAAGAGAGAGUAAGGUUGUUUGGACUCUGAGGAGAACCCAGACGGACCUAAAGUGUCAGAAUGACCCGCUCUGCUGUGGCUUGGCCCCUCACCCCCUCCCUCCUCCUCCUGUUGUGUGUCAUCCACACUUCUUCACUCUUCCUGCCCGACUCCAAGGAACUGAGGGAGCUGCUGAUCCGCUAUGAGCAGGAAGCUGGCCUGAACCCGGCUGGGAACAGGACCCGGCGGGCCAUUCUCUGGUCAGACAGAGACGAGAUCCUCCAGCUGCACAACAAGCUGAGAGGCAGCGUUUACCCCACUGCCUCAAACAUGGAGCACAUGAUAUGGGAUGAUGAGUUGGAGCGGUCUGCGACCCAGUGGGCAGAGGUGUGUCAGUGGGACCAUGGGCCUCAGGACCUGCUCAUGUCCAUUGGACAAAACUUGGCGGUUCACUGGGGAAGAUACCGCUCCCCUGCCUUCCAUGUCCAGGCCUGGUACGAUGAAGUCAAAGAUUACACCUAUCCCUACGCUCACGAGUGCAAUCCGUGGUGCCCAGACCGCUGCUCCGGGCCCAUGUGUACACACUAUACCCAGCUUGUCUGGGCUACAACCAACCGAGUGGGCUGUGCUGUGCACACGUGUCCACAGAUGAACGUGUGGGGAGAAAUCUGGGAGAACGCUGUUUACCUUGUGUGCAACUAUUCCCCAAAGGGCAACUGGAUCGGAGAGGCCCCGUAUCAACAUGGCCGACCGUGUUCUCAGUGUCCUCCCAGCUAUGGAGGAGGAUGCAGAAAUAACCUGUGCUACAAAGACUCUCAGCGCUCAGAGACGGAGGACAUGAACGAAGUGGAGAAGCCGCAGGUACCACUGUCUCCUCGAACCACCUCCAAACCUGUUCCCAAGCUUCCCAAAAAACCUGCGUCCAAGCCGUUCACUCCAAAACCUGCAUCGCCAAGGACAACAUCUCCAAAAAGUCAAAGCAACCCCUACCUUGCUCACAACAUUAAGUGUGAGACUAAACUGCGGGAUAAAUGCAAAGGGGUAACCUGCAACAGACAUAAAUGUCCUGCCUUUUGUCUGCAUAAGAAAGGCCAAGUUUGGGGAACCGGCACUUACGAUGCACAAUCCAGUAUUUGCCGAGCUGCCAUCCACGCUGGGGUCAUCGGCAAUGGUGGGGGGCUGGUCGACGUCACAAGGACAGACAAGUCUCCGUUUUUUGUCAGAUCCACAAAAAAUGGUGUUGAGUCUCUCAGUAAAUAUAAAUCUGGAAAUUCUUUUGUGGUGGCUAAAGUUGAAGAACUCACUGCAGACUGCUACACCACCGUGGCUGAAAUCUGUCCCUUCAAAAGACCCUACUCACACUGUCCGAGAGUUUCCUGUCCAGCCAACUGUAAGUCUCAGCCUUCUUACUGGUCACCUGUAAUCGGGAACAACAUCUACGCAGAUAUCUCCAGCAUCUGUAAAGCAGCCGUACAUGCGGGGGUGAUUAAAGCAGACGGGGGUUUUGUUGAUGUUCUGCCACUGGAAAGGAGGAGGAGCUACACCGGAGUUCUGAAAAAUGGAGUCCAGUCUGAAAGCAAAAGCAACACAGAAGGAGGCUCCUUCCGACUCUUUGCUGUGAAGAUGUGACAAGAAACUACUCACAGGUUAAAACAGCGUGGCAGUUUGUCUUUCUUUGAAUAUGUUGGCUUAUGUGUUAUUAAAAGUAGUCCCAGAUAUAUAAAAAACACUCUCCUAUCAUCUGAUUGUUCAGUAUUUUGAUGACUUGUUUCAUUUUCACCUUUUUUUCAAUAGACAUCUAUAAUCUAUGAAAAGAGAACUGUUCCAUGUGUUAUAAAUUAAACAGGUGGUGCUGGAAGUGUUUAUUAAGAAAUAAAUAUGUUUACAUUUAUGUUUACUUAAAAAAUAUAUGUUGGUUUUCAUACACCAGAAUGUAUACUGAUCACACUGUAUUUAAUCAUUUUGUACAGAGCAUAUGUUAUUUUGUCAUGAAUUACAUGAUUACGGUGUAUUAUUAUAGUUGUACUAAAUUAGAGACGUUUUUGCUUACCCUGUUCAGAUUUUGAACAUCUUCAGCUUACAGCCUACAAAUUCACAGUAGCAGAGAAUCAUGACUCCCUUUUAUUUUGUUAAAUAUGACAGAUGUUCUUAUGAAACAAUUUAUUGAAGCCACAAUGACAGUAGGAAAGUAGAACUGAAGUAUGGCCUGUAAACACGUCCACUUGGGUUUUUCUCUGGGGUCUUAAUCUAUAUUUUGUCUUCUUCUGUGAAGCCACGUCUGAGUCUGAAUCAUAUUAACAAGGUGAAGAACAAACUCGUUCUGAGAGGUGGACAGAAAAUGUAAAAAUUAAAGUCAUUUUAGGGGAAUGUUGGAAUGGAAAUGAUGUUGCAAUAAUAUUUUUAAUGUCUAGAGGAGCUGUAAUUUUUUUAGUUGGUUGUUUUCCUAAUCUUUUUUUGUAUGUACAAGAAUGCAAUGUUGCCCCUCCCCCUUCCACCCAAGGCGAUUGAAUGUGUCGCACACAUAAAGGUUCAGAGAAUUUUAGCUGUGAAGGGGCCAGUUCUGUAAUUUACGGACUUUGGAAGAAUUGAGUUUCCGUGCACACUUUACUGUCAUAAUCCAGAAAAGUCCUGUUUUUUUCGUUACAAAUCCUGCUUUAUAUCACAGAAGUAAAAAAUCUAAAAGCACAGUAAACACCUUAAAGUUUAUCUUCAUGUUGGUUUUCUGGAGGAUUCAGCCCCAUAAACAAACAAAUUCAAAAGCUUGCCUUCAAGUUUUUAAACUUUUUUUAAUCUACCUCACUCCUUUUUUUCCGCUAAGCUUUUAGGUCUUAAGGGAAUUUUUUUAUAGUAAAUUUGAAGGGUUUUAUAAAAUAAUUGCAACUGUAAAUACUGAUUUUUAAAAAUUCUUUUGUGAAAUAUCAAAUACGUGUUUUAUUUGUUAUCUGUAUUUUUAUAUCUGUAUAAUAUUUUCAGUACUGUUUUUGCACAACUUCAGAAUAAAGUAUGUUUAAUAAAUGCAAAUGCAUAAUAAUAUUGA